AACGCAUGCUUCAACUCUUGUAUACAUUUUUGCGACGAGACGUUUCAUUGUUUCGAAGAGAAAGCUCAAGACGACAGCCAUGUCUGAUCCUAACGUAUAUACCGUCGGCUGGAUAUGCGCCCUAUCGACCGAAUUCGUGGCCGCCCAGGCAUUUUUAGAUGACAGCCACCCGCCACCUGAGAACCUGCCCCCCAGCGAUAGCAACACUUAUAAGUUGGGCAGGAUUGGCCACCAUAAUGUCGUGAUAGCAGUCCUUCCCAAUGGCGUAUAUGGGAUAUCUUCUGCGACAGGCGUUGCCAAGGAUUUGCUGCGCAGCUUUCCCAAUAUCAGGAUUGGCCUGAUGGUGGGAAUUGGAGGCGGCGCUCCAAGCGCAAAACACGAUAUCCGUCUUGGCGAUGUUGUUGUGGCCGUUAGUAAUGGUCAGGGUGCCGUGGUUCAAUAUGAUUUUGGAAAAGCUAUCCAGGGAGAAGAUUUUCAAGAGUUGGGAUAUUUGAACCAGGCACCAAUAUUACUGCUGACGGCAGUCAACAACCUCAAGGCUGAGUAUGAGCUUGACUUGGAGGAAAACCGCAUCCAAAGAGGAAUCGACAGUGCGCUGACUAAACGACCAAGACUGCGAAGAAAUUAUCAGCGGCCCGACGAAUCUUCUGAUAGACUAUACCAGCCUCUGGUAAUACAUACAGCCGAAGGUGAAGCUGAUUGCUCCACGGUGUGCGGUAACGACCCGUUGACACUGGUCGAGUUGAGAGGAAAGAUAUCCUUUGCUUUGAAAUGGAGGCCGCUGGUCUGAUGAAUCACUUCCCGUGUUUAGUUGUUCGAGGAAUAUGCGAUUACUCCGACUCACAUAAAAACAAAGCAUGGCAAGGCUAUGCAGCCAUGGCAGCUGCGGCAUAUGGAAAAGAUCUCCUUGGCCAGAUCGCUCCCAGCAGGGUUGAAGGCGAGAGAAAGAUUAGCGAGGCUGUAUUUGGUAUAUAUUACAAAUCUAAAUAAAGACACCAACAUAUGUUAACCUUA